AUGGCGUCCUCCGAGCUGCCCCCCCACCCUGCAGUAGGUACUGUCAACCUGUCGGGGCCCCGCAGCCCCCUGCCCCUUGGGGAGGAGGACCCAGGUGAAGCUUUUGACUUUGAGGACAGCGAGGAAGAGGAGGAGGAGGAAGAUUCGGUGGCUGAGCCCGGCGGUGACGUGGUGCUCAGGGCACCCCCGCGCAGGCGGCGCACGGCCAGCUCUGGUGCCGACGGGCUGGUGCCGGAGAGCCAGGAAGGGCUGCCGGUGGGGAUGAGCAAUGGAGAAGCUGGAGGGGACCCCCACGUUGAUGCCCAGACCUGGAAGAGGAAAAGCGGCCACCGAGGUGAGCGCUUCGAGUUCCCAGUGGUGGAGGACGAUGUGAUCUAUGAUGAUGUCCCCUGUGAGACCCUCGAUGCUGAGCAGGACGAGCACAGCCUGAUCUACGAGGAGGUGCAGCGUGGUGAGGGGUCGCGGCUGGGCGAAGAUUUGGGCUGGAGCUCCAGCGAGUUCGAGAGCUACAGCGAGGAUUCGGGCGAGGAAACCAAACCAGAGGCUGAGCCGGCCAAGCAGCGGGCAUCCUUCCAGCCCAAGCUUUCUCCAGACCUGAAUAGACUAAAGGAGAGAUACGCCAGGACUAAGCGGGACAUCCUGGCUUUAAGAGUUGGGGGGAGAGACAUGCAGGAGCUGAAGCAGAAGUACGAUUGGAAGAUGACCCAGCUGAUGAAAGCAGCCAAAAGUGGUACCAAGGACGGUUUGGAGAAGACCAAGAUUGCAGUGAUGAGGAAGGUGACGUUCCUGCACCGGAAAGAGGCACCAGGGGACUCGGAGGAGGAGGACACAGGUUUCCUGGAGGUCACUGUCUCAGACAUGAAGCACCCACCACCAGAGCUGGGCCCCAUGCCUGAGGGGCUGAGCCCGCAGCAGGUGGUACGGCGGCACAUCCUGGGCUCCAUUGUGCAGAGCGAGCGGAGCUAUGUGGACUCCCUGAAACGCAUCCUGCAGGAUUACAGGAACCCGUUGAUGGAGAUGGAGCCGAAGGUGCUGAGCGCCAGGAAGUGCCAGGUGGUGUUUUUUCGUCUGAAGGAGAUCCUGCAGUGCCACUCCAUGUUCCAGAUCGCCCUUGCUUCCCGUGUGGCUGAGUGGGACUCAGCCGAGAAGAUCGGGGACCUCUUUGUAGCCUCGUUCUCCAAGUCAAUGGUGCUGGACGUCUACAGUGACUACGUUAACAACUUCACCACCGCUAUGUCCCUCAUCAAGAAGGCUUGUCUCACCAAACCUGCCUUCCUCGACUUCCUCAAGAAGAGGCAGAUGGCCAGCGCCGACCGGGUCACGCUCUACGGGCUGAUGGUAAAGCCCAUCCAGAGGUUCCCUCAGUUCAUCCUGCUCCUGCAGGACAUGCUGAAAAACACCCCCAAGGGCCAUGCAGACCGCCUGUCCCUCCAGCUGGCCCUCACUGAGCUGGAGACCUUGGCGGAGAAGCUCAAUGAGCAGAAGCGCUUGGCUGACCAAGUCGCCGAAAUCCAGCAGCUCAGCAAGAGCAUCAGCGACCGCAGCAGCCUCAACAAGAUGCUGAGCUCGGGGCAGCGACAGCUCCUGCUCUGCGAGACGCUGACGGAGACGGUGUACGGCGACCGGGGCCAGCUCAUCAAGUCGAAGGAGCGGAAGGUUUUCCUCCUCAACGACAUGCUGGUCUGCGCCAACAUCAACUUCAAGCCGGUGAACAUAGGAGGCCAGCUGGAAAUUAGCAGUCUGGUGCCCCUGGGUCCCAAAUACGUGGUGAAGUGGAGCACGGCCCUCCCGCAGGUGCAGGUGGUGGAGGUUGGGCAGGAGAGCGGUGCCUAUGACAAAGACAACGUGGUCAUCCACAACGCUGGCUCCAAGAAGCAUGCACCGGCCGGGCAGGCUUCGCACAAUAAAGUCUACCUGGGGCCACCGCGGCUCUUCCAGGAGCUGCAGGACCUGCAGAAGGACCUGGCAGUGGUGGAGCAGAUCACCCUUCUCAUCAGCACCUUGCAUGGCACCUACCAGAAUCUGAACAUGACAGUGGCCCAAGACUGGUGCUUGGCCCUGCAGAGGAUGAUGAAGGUGAAGGAGGAGGAGAUCCACUCUGCCAACAAGUGCCGCCUCCGCCUUCUGCUGCCCGGGAAGCCGGACAAGUGAGUUUGCAGAUCACAGGUGGGCUCUUCCCACCCCAGGGAGGAGGAGGAGGUUGAAGACCAACCUGUGAUGCUUUCCCUGUGCAGGUCCGGCCGCCCCAUCAGCGUCAUGGUGGUCUUCAUCACUCCAAACCCCCUGAGCAAGAUCUCCUGGGUGAACCGCCUGCACUUGGCCAAGAUAGGACUGCGGGAGGAGAACCAGCCAGGCUGGCUCUGUCCUGACGAAGACAAGAAGAGCAAAGCUCCCUUCUGGUGCCCCAUCCUGUCCUGCCACAUGCCUGCCUUCUCCUCCAAGGCCCUCGACCUGCAGCUCGGCGCCGCGGUGCACAACCCCGUGCAGUCCUCACUGCUGGGCUUCUCCGCUGUCAGCACUUCGCUGCCUCAGGGCUACCUCUGGGUUGGAGGGGGCCAGGAAGGUGCAGGGGGGCAGGUGGAGAUCUUCUCCCUCAACCGUGCCGUGCCGCGGACGGUGAAGUCCUUCCCGGUGGCGUCGCCGGUGCUGUGCAUGGAGUACAUCCCUGAGGAAGGCGAGGGGGACUCAACGGGCUCCCAGGACCCCCGACCGACCACUGAACAGCUCCCCACAUCCCCCCAUCCCACCGUGUGCUUGGGCUUGCAGGACGGCAGCAUCGUGGUGUACGGCAGCGUGGACACGGGGACACAGUGCUUGCUGACCUGCAAAAGCCCCGGCAUGCAGCCCGUCCUCUGCUUGAAGCACAGCACUGAGUACCUCUUUGCAGGGCUGCAGGAUGGGACCGUGGCCGCCUACCCCAGGAGCAACGGGGGGCUGUGGGAUGCGGCAGAGCAGCCCACCCGCCUGGCUGUGGGGACUGGCCCUGUGCGAGCCCUCCUGACGCUGGAUGAGACCCUCUGGGCCAGCUGCGUCAACCACGUCACCGUCCUCGAUGCCAGCAGCCUCCACACCCAGCAAACCUUCGAGGCCCACCCGGACGCGGAGGCCAGCGUCACGCACAUGAUCAAGGCGGGCAGCGGCGUCUGGAUGGCCUUUUCCUCGGGCUCCUCCAUCCGCCUCUUCCAUACUGAGACGCUGGAGCAUCUGCAGGAGAUCAACAUCGCCACCAAGACAACCUUCGUCCUGCCGGGUCAAAAACACGUCCGUGUCACCAGCCUCCUCAUCUGCCAGGGUUCGCUCUGGGUGGGCACCGACCAGGGUAUCAUUGUGCUGCUGCCCGUGCCCCGCUUGGAGGGCAUCCCCAAAAUCACUGGAAAAGGCAUGGUGUCCCUCAACGGGCACGGCGGCCCCGUGGAGUUUUUGGCGGUGGCGUUGAGCACCCUGGCCCCCGAUGUGCUAAAGGGCGACCAGGAGGAGGAAGAAGAGGGUGAAGAAGAGAAACCCCCUGACCUGGAUGGUCCCCCGCCUCGGGAAAUGCGAAAAAAAGGGAUUUUAUUACAAUAUCGCCUUCGUUCCACCUCCCACCUCCCCGGGCAGCUGCUGUCAGUGCGGGAGGCGCCGAUCGGGGGUGCGCCGGCGCACACCGAGGAGGACGGCUCCAUCUACGAGAUGGCCGAUGACCCCGACGUUUGGGUACGGAGCCGCCCUUGCUCCCGGGACACCCCCCGCAAGGAGAUCUCCUCGGUGGCCAUCAUUUCGGGGGGUAGAGGGUACCGG